AUGGAGAGAACUAACGUGCAGCGGUCUGGGAGUGUUCAUUCAGGGAGUAGUGCCAGUAAGAACUACAGUAAUAUUAAUGCUAAUUUGCAUGCUAGGGUGAAGGCGUUUCAGGAGCAGCGGAAGUUGAAGAGAUCUGGGAGUGUUGGGUCGAAGAAUUCCAACCCGAACCAGCCGCAGGACUCGUCGUCGAUCCAGCAGAUUGUGAACAAGCCGCUUCCUCCUCUGCCUCCGAAUAAGUCAGCACAGGUGCACAAAGCUCAGCAACAGAGGGAACAUGGCAAGCUGUCGCCGCAGCAGCAGCAGCAGCAGAGGGAGGAGGUGGGAGGGGUUGGUUCGUCGCAGAUGCCCAAUUUGAGGAGACAGGGGAGUUCUUUGAAGUCAGAGUCGCGGCCGAAUUCCGGGUCUUCGUUUCAACAGGGGUCUCCCUCUCCUUCUUUGGGCGGGCAGCUGGUGCUACAACAAGACCAGCCUGCGCAGCAGCAGGAGUCGGAAGAGCCGGAAGAGUUGGAGAAUGCAGAAUUGUCACAGCGGGAGCUGGAGCAGGUUACUGCUGCUGCUGUGGAGGUGUCCCGGGUUAGUCUGUCUGGGCAGGAGCAUGUAAAGCCACACGCAGAGCAGCAGAAGGUGCAAUCGGAAGAGCUUUCUGAACAAGGCAGUCCUGUGCAGGAGCAGAAGCGGAUUUCCGACCAGCAAUCGCCGUUAGAACAGGAACAAGAUCAGCAGCAGGAGCCAUCAUCGCCAGAGAAGCAGCAGGAGCCAUCGCCACCGGAGCAGCAGCAAGAACAGCAGCAAGAGCAGAAGCAAGAGCAGCACGAAGAUCUGCAAUCUCAGGGGCAGCCAGAGGAGAUACAUCCAGAAAGUCAUGACCGGCAUUACGCACAUCAACAACAUCAUCAGCAUUUCCAGCAUUUCCAGCAUCACCAGCAUCACCAGCAUCACAAUAACCAUUAUCAGCAACAACGGCAAAGACAGUUGCUUCACGAUCCUCAGCGGCAGCAGCAACAAGCAGAAACACAACAAGGCGGACACAUUACAAGACAGCAACACCCUCGUCCCUCAUGUGAGCUCCAUAAUAAAGCCUUGUCUAAAAAGGCUUCAUUACCGAUACUUCCUUUGAAUCCCAUUAGAAGGGCACCGAGACCGCCUGAUGUGGCUGCCAACAGCACUCGUACUCGUCAACCGCCCCAACCUGGAAUUGUUUUAGGCGUUCAGGGUACUUUUCGCACCAGUACCUCUUGCACAUCUCAGGGUUCGUCAUGUAAAUCCAAACCUUCCCUAUCGGCGCGUAGGGGGAUGAAGCUACCAUCGAAUGGGAUGCCCCUCAAAAUGAAACAGCCACCUCAAGAGUUUGCGUCGCAACCUUCUAAUAAAAACGUCAAUACCCAGGCCAAUUCUGCCAAUCCCACUGGGAACAAGAGCAGUCGAAGUAAUCCCGGUUCUCUCACUAACGGGAUCCAAACUACGUCCACCUCGUCGGAAAAACAAGUAGAUACGGAAGGUACUGAACCAAGUAAAAGUAGUAAUUCUGGUUCGAAUUCAAAUGGUGGUCUCUUUGCUGUUUUCUCUAAAUAUGUUGAUAUCAAAUCGGGUUCUUUGAACUUUGCGGGUAAAUUAUCACUCUCUUCACAAGGCGUUGAUUUCAGCAAUGGUUCGAGUUUUCGUAUUACACUAGAUGAAUUGGAGUUCUUGGAAGAACUGGGCCAUGGUAAUUACGGUACUGUGUCCAAGGUGCUACAUAAGCCCACGAAUAUCAUGAUGGCUAUGAAAGAAGUCAGAUUAGAACUGGACGAGUCAAAGUUCAGGCAGAUUCUAAUGGAAUUGGAAGUAUUACACAAAUGUCAAUCGUCAUACAUUGUUGACUUUUACGGUGCCUUUUUCAUCGAGGGUGCGGUAUAUAUGUGUAUGGAGUUUAUGAAUGGCGGUUCGUUAGACAAGUCCUACGAUCAAAACGAACUUGGUGGAUUCGAAGAACCUCAACUGGCUUUUAUUACCGAAGCAGUCAUCCGAGGCUUGAAGGAAUUGAAAGAUAUCCAUAACAUUAUCCAUAGGGAUGUUAAACCUACCAACAUCCUGUGUUCAGCAAGCCAAGGAACUGUCAAACUUUGUGAUUUUGGCGUCUCUGGUAACCUGGUUGCAUCUUUGGCGAAAACAAAUAUCGGCUGUCAAUCCUAUAUGGCUCCAGAACGUAUUAAAUCACUGAAUCCAGAUAAAGCAACAUAUUCCGUGCAAUCCGAUAUCUGGUCAUUAGGUUUGUCAAUAGUGGAAAUGGCCCUUGGUGCAUAUCCUUAUCCACCAGAAACGUACGAUAAUAUAUUCAGCCAGUUAAGCGCAAUCGUAGACGGCCCACCUCCCCGCUUACCAAAGGACAAGUUUUCUUCCGAUGCUCAAGAUUUUGUAGCCAUGUGUUUGCAAAAGAUCCCUGAAAGAAGACCUACAUACGCCGCUUUGCUGGAUCACCCAUGGUUGAAGAAAUACCACGGUAUCGACGUCCACAUGAGCGACUACAUAUCAAAUAGGUUGACUAAAAGACAACAAUAUGUGGAGCAAAAUGGUGAAGGCCAUAUGCCCAAAGUCUUACCUGCAUUACAUAUGGGGGGUUUAUAA